UAUUUUUGUUAAUUCUAGAAAUGUUGAUAAAUUGCCCUGAUAUAAUACCUAUAUGGUAUUGUGAUGUGAAAACAAACAAGCUUUUGAAAUUGAAACCUUCCUCACCGUUAUCAGAUCCAACAGGUUGGCUUGGAAAAUAUUUGAUAUGUUAGCCAUUUUUCAUAAAUUAAUUGAUUGUUCUAAAUCCUAGUUCUGUUCCGAUAUUGUUAAAAUGGCUACUGACGAUAAGCAGCGUCUAGAUAUAUUUGAAUGCCUACCAAUAGAAAAAAUUGAAGAUCUUGUUAUUUGGAAAAGACCAAAUGUAAGUUGGGCUGGUCUAGUCAAGAAAAUUGAGAAAAGGACUGAUUACUGUUGUAGUAGUUAUCCAGUAUGUAGUUUUAAUUCUAAACCUAAUUUCAUGAAAGCUCAUUCAGUUCCAAAAACUUUAGUGUGCCAUGAUAUGAAAGGUGGUUAUCUGGAUGACAGAUGGGUGAAUGGCAGUGAAAACUCUGAUGAGUAUAAAUUCCUUCUUUGGUCAUGUAUUGAUAUCUUUGUAUAUUUCAGCCAUAAGUUUAUUACAAUACCACCUUUAUGUUGGAUUAAUGCUGGCCAUACCCAUGGGGUUAAAGUUCUAGGCACAAUUAUAACAGAAGGAAGUGAGGGAGCUAAACUAUGGGAUAGAAUGGCAGCUAGUAGAACUAUGAUUCGUGAAUUUGCUUUUCGACUGACUCUUAUUUGUGAUCAUUAUGGUUUCGAUGGGUAUUUGAUAAAUAUUGAAAAUACAAUAAGUAAGGAGGCUAUGGCUGCACUGUUCUAUGGUUUGGAUCUACUUAUAAAAAAUGUAAAAACUUUGUCUCCAGAUAAAAUUUUUAUUUGGUAUGAUGCAGUAAAUUUUCCCUCUGGUGAACUAAAAUGGCAAAAUAAAUUAAACAAUUUAAAUAGAAAAUUUUUUGAUAUGUGUGAUGGAAUAUUCCUGAAUUAUGGAUGGUCAGAAGAAGAUUUAAUUGCAACAGUCGAAGAAUCUGGUUCUAGAAAAACAGAUGUGUAUGUAGGUGUAGAUGUGUUUGGCCGAGGAUGUUUCGGGGGAGGAGGAUUUACUACAUGUGAGGCCAUGGAGGUGAUUCGUAAACAUGGUUUAUCUGCUGCCAUUUUUGCACCAGGAUGGGCUUAUGAAAAAUGUGGGGAGGAUGAAAUAGCAGAUAAUAGAGAUUUCAUGUUCUGGGAACUUUUGAAUAAAUAUGUGUAUUGUUAUGGGCCUGCUCAAUUGCCUUUCAAGAGUUCCUUCUGCCGCGGAUUUGGUCUAAAAAAAUAUAAAGAAGGAAAGGUUGUAAAAGACCACUCUUGGUAUAACCUAUCAGAUAUGAAUCACUUGCCAGCUCUUUUGAGUGGGAUUCAUGAAGUUGAAGAGUCUAGUUGUUUUAUGUAUUAUCAAAAUGAUGCGUAUAAUGGAGGUGGAUGCUUGCUAGUCAAACCGCAGAAAAAAGAAGAUAUUGGAAAACACUCUGACAGACUCUUUUUUUGUGAUUUUUAUCUUCAAUAUCACAGGAAAAUUCAUAUAAAAAUUGCAAGCAAACCUUUAUUAACUGUUAGUGAUCCAACAACCUUAUUUGAUCUCAUUCUUAGCAUAAUAGAUCAUGUAGACUGUGAUGAUCAUUCGGAAGAAACUGUAAUAAGGAAACUAUGUCUUCCUGUGAUAAGCAAUAUUAAGCCUGAAGAUGGUCCUGAUAAGUGGGUAAUAAGUGAUUUCAUUUUUGAAAUUGGUUGCGCACAUAUUGUCAGAGUUGAUUGUAGGCUUAUUAGUGACAAGACACCUAUACUUAUAGGCUACUUCUCUGUGUCCAGCGAAGAAGCAGAUCUUUCAAGAAUUAUAUCAGUGCCUAUAGAUUUAACUAAGUAUUCUGAAGAAACUUGUUCAGCAGUGAAUGUAUCAAAUGUUUUAUGUGGUGAAGAAUAAAAAUUCUUUAAAAUCACCUGAUAAAUUAUUGGUUACGUAUAAUUAUUUUAUAUGAAUACAUUUGAAAUUUUUUAGAGGAAUUCAUGUAUACAAUUUUUUAUUAUUAAAGUUAUUUUUGAAUACUGUUA